UAUUACAAAAUAUUAUAUCCAAGACUGUACACAAUGUCGUUCGCCCCAGAACCUUUAAUACUUUUUGGUCUUCUCUGUAGCUUGGUUGUUUUCCAAGCUUCUGCUGAUAUUUCCCUUAACAACUACGGUGAUUCGGCUUAUCCCAAUCGCUGUGUUCUCGAUAUUGGCUCUUCGGUGGUGCUGCUCAAAAUGGGUCAGGCAUUUCGUUUGAAUUCCCUGCCCUGCACCACUAUUUUCUGCACUGGAGAUGGCUAUGGAAUGCUCUUCACGUGUGAUAAGAAAGCACCACCGGAUGAUUGUCGCUAUACGGAGUAUCUAAACUGGGAUGAUGACUAUCCGAAUUGCUGCGAGCGUAAAGUUGAGUGCAAUUAAAAUUUCUAGUUGGAAAAUGUUUUUAGUUGCAAAUUAGGUCAAUGUCAUGAAGUGAAAUUCUAUCGAAAUUAGCCAUGCAGUUAAAGACGGGUUAAAUAAAUCGAUUAGACCCGCAGCUCUUUUUGGUUGCUGUUCUGCAUAAA